UCUUCAGCUAAUAGUGUUUGUUCUGCCAUCACUACUGUAUCCUCUCCCUUAUUAACCAUGUUUGUGUGUAAAACGUUCAUCUUCACAACACUUGCGCUGAUUUCUACUGGAGAUGCCGCCCCUUUGGAUGUGACGAAACACCUGGCGCAAUUUGGAUACCUUCCACCAAUCGAUCCAAACAAACCAAACAGCAUUAUAUCUAAUGAAGCUCUCUCCAGCGCUCUUAGUGACUACCAACAGUACAUGGGGCUGCAAGUAACCGGUUCUCUGACUGAUGAAACUAAGCAGCAGAUGAUCAAGCCUAGAUGUGGCAUCAGGGACAAGGCACCCCCAGGUGGUGGGAACGUCAACACUUUCAAACUUGGAGGUACCAGAUGGAGUAAGAAGACACUGAGCUACAAAAUCACUAAAUAUCCUAGAAACUUUCCAAGGGACGAGACUGACAGAACCAUAAGGAAGGCUUUAGACAUCUGGUCCGCUGUGACGCCACUCACGUUUGUGCGAAAAGACUCUGGAAAAGUUCACUUUGAGAUCAGGUUUGAUGUAGGAUCUCAUGGAGAUGAUAAUCCAUUUGAUGGUCCGGAAGGCGUUCUCGCCCACGCUUACUACCCUACAUCUCACACCAUCGGGGGAGACGCUCAUUUCGACGACACGGAGCAAUGGACCAUUAACUCUCACUCAGGAACAAACCUUUUGCAAGUGGCGACACAUGAGUUCGGACAUGCCCUGGGACUUGAUCAUUCCAAGGUUAAACGUGCCCUGAUGUACCCUACUCUCCAAGGCUACGACCCGAACUUCAGUCUUCACCCUGACGAUAUCAAGGCUAUCCAGACUCUCUACCCAAGUUCGUUCACCGGUUGAUUUCUUCUUCUACUCUUCAGAAGUCACCAUUGGGACUGAAGACUCAAGAUGCUUGUACAAGAAAUUAUUUAUUAAAUUAUUAUAGUAAAAUAUAUAUUUCAUAUCGUUUUA